CGGCGGCGGACUGCAACGGCUGUGUGUGUGGUGUUGGUGGAAGGACAACAACACGGACGCGGCCAUGGGGGAUGGCAGUGAUGACACCAUCAUGCAGGCGAUGCAGGCGAUGCAGAGGAAGAGCCUGCGGAGUGAGCACACAGGUCAGGGGCUUAGCAGAAGAGGCGAGAGCACAGGUGAUGCACACCAGUCAGCGCAGCACGUCGGUGGGGAACACCGCCACCGCAGUCACUUGCAACACCAGCAGCAGCAGCAGCAACAACGACGCUGCGUGGGCUUGGCGGAGAUGGCGGCGCAGCAAGAGCAAGAGCUCAAGGCUGCGCGCGCAGCGCUGGCCCGUGCAGGGCUGCGGUAUGAACGCGCCAGACAAGCGCUGGCCACCUGCUCCAGAUCGCUGCAGGAGAAGACGGAGGCGCUGGAGACCACGCAACACAGCUUGACCACGGCCAGCACCACCAUCAGCGACCUGCGUGUGCAAGUCGCCGAGCUGUCCAAGAACCUGGACAUCCAGCGACACCGCGCUGACCAGCUUGAUUUCGUCUACAAGCAGCGUAUCAAAGCCAUGCAGGAGGAGUUUGAUCGGCAGAAGCGGGAACACGACCGCCACUGCCGCGAGCAGCUGCAGACAUCGGAGGCUGCACGGCGAGAGCUGCAGCUCAAAGUGAACGACUUCGAGUGGCGGCUGGAAGCAGAGCGGCGAGACAUGAAGCUUGAGUUUGACCAGAUCCUCGAUCGAUCAUAUGAGGACUUGAAACAGAAGCUCACAGAUGCAGAAGACAGCGCUGCCAGCCUGCAAGCAACCGUGAAGCUCAAAGAUCAGGAAGUGAAGCACCUGCAAGAACGUCUCGCAGCCAGCAACGACAAGCAGCGGGUGUUGGAGCAGAAGGUGGCAGAGGCAGCAGAGGAGCGCAAGCGAAGCACGUGGCGUGCAGAGGAUAUGGCCAGGCAGAUGGAACAGAGAGAAAAGGAGUUUGUGUGGAAAACGCAGCAGCUUGAGGCAUCCCACAAGCAGGCGCUGGCUGCUGCAAAGGCCAAAUACGACUCCAUUCGACAGCAGUUUGACCUGCAGCUCGCUUCCGUCGCCGAGAUUAAUGUGACACAUGAGCGGCAGCUGGAGAAGAUGCAAGCGGACAUUGAUUCCGCCCGCAGCGAGGCAACUGCACUUCGUGGUGUCGUUGAACAGAACACAGCAGAGAAGCAGAGACUCAUCGCACAUCAUGAAGCAGAAAAACAGGCCCUGCUCAGCCGCAUUGCUCGUCUUCAACAGGAGCUGGACGUAUCCACAGAGGGAAACACGCAAUCCCAAGCGGACCACGAGGCGCAUAUUGGAGAGUUGCGCAAUACCAUCGCGCAGCUGGAGACAGACAAGGCCUCGCUUGUGGCGGAGGUGCAGCACUUGUGCGAGGAUGUCGAGGGCUUCAAAGCAAAGGAGGAUCGCCUGAAGGAGCAACUUGACGCCAUCAACACCACGUGGCAGUCCCGUUUCGAUGCGCUCAACAGCGCUGAUGCGGCGACGCAGAAUCACGAGCUGAUGGCUGCACGUCGUAAGCUGGAGGAGCUGGCCUCUGAGAUUCGUGAUCGUGAUGAACACAUCCACCACUACCGCGCUGUGAUUGCCCGUCUCCUUGCCGGCAAUGACCCAAUCGCAACAGCAGAUGCUGAGAAAUUGGUCAGCACAUUGGACGCCUCGACGAGCAAAGCAAGCGCGUACAAACCAGCCAUCACGCACGCCAGCAAUUGGGCGCGUGGCACUGAUGGACACGGCACUGGCGGCAGUGGAAAUCGCGAAAAUGAGAAAGAGGAACUUCGGUCCACCAUUGGGCAAUUGGAGGCGCGCGUGGAAGCGCUGCGGACGGAACUGGGACAGCACCGCACGCGCGCAUUUCAACUCCAGUCACAGCUUCGCCAGGCAGAGCAAGCGGCCGAGACAAGUGCCGGCGAUGCAGAGGCGAACAGGAACACCGUCCAUCGUCUGCGACAGCAACUGGAAGACUUGGACAGUGAAAUGCAGGCCAAUGCCCGCGCACACAACGCUGAGCUGCUGCGUGCAACAGCGUUACAGACAAAAGCUCGCGAGCAGUCGGCUGCACUCGUGCAGGUGCUUGUGCAGCACUUUGACGAGUUGGCGUCGUCGCAAUCGCAGCUGGAGGAGCUGCAGGCCACACUCAUGCGCACCACCGACCGCGCGCAGAUCAAGCGACUGCAGCGUGUGUGUGCGUCUGCGCUGGGCGCCGUUGGUGAAUCCCUGCAGCAGUUACGGCAGAGGAUUGCACACGCUCGUGGGGAACAGGACGCCAUGCAGGCAGCAACGACGGCGCAAGACGUGAUUGGAGAGAAGUUGCACGUGCUCACAGCGCAGAAUCUGGAGCUGAAGAAGGAGAUCCGCCUGACCAUUGAGCAGAUGGAGCGAAGUGGCGAAGAGAAGACGUCUCUCCUGCGCAUCAACAGCCAGCUGAGGGAACGAAUUGCUGUGCUGCAAACUGAAGUGGAAACAGCGCAAUCGACGGUGCGGGCAAAGAGCGAAGCCAUGACGCGAGCAAGACAGCAAUACACACAGUAUAGAAACGCACCAGAAACACAGCCAACAGCAGCACCAGCGCCAACGACCUCAACAAGGCGCCCAGCAACAGUGCAGCAGCAGCGAGCAGCACGGUCGGUGCACAGGCAGCCGCAGCAGAUACCGCAGCGUACAUACAGGGAACGAGCGCCAGGUACGAAAACACCAGGACGAGCAAUGACAGCCGCACAGCAGUGGCCAAUGUCACCGGAUAGGCGAUAUGCAGCAGCGAGAGAACGCCACAAACAAGAAGGAGAGGAAGAAGAGGAUGUGUUUGGGAGCGAGUCAAGCGUGUCUUCUGAUGAUCACGGCAAUCGACAAGAGGCAUACCCGGGGCGCCUGUCGCCAACACACGCACGCGCUGGUGGUGCUGGUGACGGGACUGCUGGUGGGAGAGCCCGCACCUAUCGGCAGCCACAACAACAACGAUGGAGACAGCAGCAGGCACCAUUGGAGUCUGAGUCAUUGCCUGUGGUUGACUCGCCACGUCGGCACGCUGCCCUCGACGCCUCAACUGCACUCUCUCCACGCAUCAGCGUCAGUGACGUGGAUCAGGUGGCCCGCACCUCACAGCAGCGACAACAGCGCAAGCCAAGGCCCGGGAGCACAUCGCGACCUGGAACGGCGAUCUCGAUGCUGUCGUCGAUUGGGAGCAUGGAGGACCAGAUGGCAGACGUGUGGGCGCUGCUUGGUGGUGACGCUCCAAACACACGUGCAGCACACACGCGCGGUGCACAACAGCAGCAGCGGCGACAGCAGCAGCAGCAGAGGGCACGGCCAGGAAGGGCCAGCGCUGUGCGAAAGAACGACGAAGGCGAAGAUGCUGUGUCAGAUGUGAAUGUUGAAGUUGUGCACCCGCAGCCUGUUGAUGCGGACCGCGACGAUGAUGACGAUGAAUACGCUGCCGCUACCGAUGCUGGCGCUGCUGUUCGCCGUGGCGGCGGCAAUGUUGGUGUGCAGGUGACAGCAGCAGCCGCUGGUGAGGGCACAUCCGACACUAUCAGUUGUGGCGGUGAGGACGAGGACGAAUUCGAUGUGUCGGCGCUGCGGACACCACUGCCACCACGCCAAUCGCGUGCACGCGGAGCACCAGUUCGCCUCUCCAGCAUCAGCGAUAUCUUCAACGAAGGCGCCGGUGGCGAGGACGAUGAUGAUCUGGCACUGGCUGCAACGCCGCUGCCGCCUGAAGAGCGUCCAGCACCAGCCACAGCAACAACUGCCGCACCCCCUCCACGCCCCAAUGUUUCCACAACUGCCCGUCACCAGACGGACAACACUCAGACACAACCAACCACCACCACUGGGAAAGCAAGCAAUGCACCUGUUAGCAAAGUAGGGGCCACAGACACUGCAACGAACACUGAGCCCAAGAACGACUUCGGCAGAACUGCACCAGGGAGACAAAAGAAAGGUGGGCGAGGGCGCAACGCGCCGCCCAACUACAACUUGCUUCGUUCUCAGCAGCAACAGCAACAGCAGCAGCAGCAACAGCAAAGUGACGGCUAGUGGGUUGUUGUUGUGACAUGUCAUCAUGCCUGCACCCAUGUUUCUCCUGUCUGCUUUACAUUGUUUGCCAAGGAUAGGUUCGGUUAAUUCGGAUGUACACAACGCCUUUCUUCAUCCUUGUUCUCAUGUCCACACUUGUUGUACACACUCGCACGCUUUUCCUUCCUAUUGUUGCUGCUCUCCUCUUUUUGACUUGUCUACACACUCCAUAAACGCACAGCGAGCGAGCCAGCACUCGCCUCAACAUCGCAGCCAA